AUGAAUAUUUAUAAUGCAAUAUUUCAAUUAAAAGAAUAUCCCAAAAUAAAUAGUUGCAUUUUUUAUUCGAUUAAGCUUCUUCAUAUAAGUUCAAUAUGUAAAAAUAGGAAAAGUUUAAAAUACUUAGAUUGUAUCAAAAAUAAUUCAUUAGUAAAUAAAGAAAAAAAAAAGGAAGAAUCUGUUGAUAAAAAUUUAAGUAUAGAAAUAAAAAAAAAUUCCGAUUUUGUUCAGUAUGUUUUUAAAUGGGGAAUAGGAAAUAAAUUUCGUUCUGAUCCAGAGAAUAGAUUUCACCCUGUCCACCUAAGUCGUUCGAAAGAAGUAACUAUUAGAAAAAAUUAUUUUGAUUCUGUUAAUGAAAAUAUAAAGUAUGAAGAACUAAAUGAGCAAUGGGAAGUUUUUUGGUAUGAAAAUAACAAAUUAAAUGCAAAACCAUUUCCAAUUAAAAAAUAUGGAAUAGAAGCAGCGAAAAAAGAAGCAAUUAAAUUUUAUGAAUCUUUAAAAAUUAAUAAUCGUACAAAUGAAAAGCCUAAAUAUGAAUCAGGAGUAGAGGGUGUUCACUAUGAUGUAAUAACUAAUUGCUGGGUAUCUUUUUAUAGAUUAAAUAAUUUUCCUGUAUGUAGAUCCUUUUCAGCUGAAUAUCAUGGAUUCGAAACAGCUAAAAAAAUGGCAAUAGAAAGGGUUAAAAGAUAUCAAAAAUGA